GCAUGUUCUAGGAGCCGAGGCAUCGACAAGGGUAGACCAACUCUAUUCGGGGUGAUUCAACCCCGCGCGUCCCGAACCUCCGUCCUCAUAUUCUGCGCGUCUGCGCCGCUUCUUCUCUCUUUUUCAACAAACAUAAUCAUUGAAUUCUAAAUCAUGGCUUCUCAAGAGAAACAACCCGUCAUCAUCGUCGGCGCUGGCCUGGCUGGCCUUGUCGCUGCUUUUGAACUCUCAGAGCGUAAAGUCCCUGUUCUGUUGGUCGAUCAAGAAAAUGAAAACAACAUCGGCGGACAAGCUUUUUGGUCGCUGGGUGGCUUGUUUAUGGUCGACUCUUCGUAUCAGCGAAGAAUGGGGAUUAAAGACUCGAAGGAGCUGGCGUACAGAGAUUGGAUGGGCUCGGCGAGAUUUGAUCGUGAAAAGGAGGAUUACUGGCCUCGUAAGUGGGCCAAGGCCUUUGUGGACUUUGCCGCCGAUGAGAUGGAGGAUUAUGUCAGGGCGAGAGGCCUUGGCUUCUUGAUGAAUGUCGGAUGGGCUGAGAGAGGUGAUGGCACUGCAGAUGGCCAUGGAAAUUCCGUCCCAAGAUUCCAUGUCAGUUGGGGCACAGGACCGGAGGUCGUCAAGAUCUUUGCAGACCCUGUCAAGAAAGCUGCAGAGAAUGGCAUCGUCUCCUUCAAGUUCAGACACAGAGUUGAUGAGCUGAUCAUCGACGACAACGGGCGUGCUGUUGGAGUACGAGGCACAAUUCUGGAAGAUGAUGAUGCUGCCCGUGGCGUCAAGUCGAACCGGGUCGAAAAAGACAAGUUUGAAAUUUACGGCUCAGCAGUUGUCGUUUCUUCAGGCGGCAUUGGAGGAAAUGUCGAUGCCGUCAAGGCUGCAUGGCCUGUGGAGAGGUUAGGUCCCAAAAUCCCUGAGACCUUUGUCAUUGGUGUUCCUCAUCAUGUCGAUGGACGCAUGAUUGGCAUAUCCGAAGAGGCCGGUGCCAACGUCAUCAACCGCGACCGAAUGUGGCAUUACACCGAAGGUCUUCAGAACUGGAACCCUAUCUGGCCAGACCAUGGUAUCAGAGUCCUCCCUGCCCCUUCAUCUCUCUGGCUGGAUGCAACUGGCAAACGACUGCCACCAUUCCUCUAUCCAGGUUCCGAUACCCUUGCGACGUUGAAGUAUAUCUGCAGCACAGGAUAUGACUACACCUGGUUCAUCCUCGACCAGAGCAUCAUUGCCCGCGAAUUUGCCCUCUCUGGCUCAGAGCAGAAUCCCGAUGUGACUAAUAAGAGCAUCUGGUUGCUUCUCACUCGAAUCUUUGGCAAGAAAGGCACCGUCCCCGUCCAGAACUUUCAAAAGCACGGCAAGGACUUUGUUGUCCGCGAUAACCUGGAAGAUCUAGUAGUCGGUAUGAACGAGCUCGCCAAGAAGCGCAAUGGUCCACUGCUGGAGUUCGACGCUAUCAAAGAGGUCAUCGAAACAAGAGACGGCCAGUUCAACAACCCAUACUCCAAGGACGCUCAAGCAAUGCUUAUCAACAACGCGCGAACAUACUGGGCUGAUCGCCGAAGCCGAGUUGCUCCACCUCAUAGACUUCUUGAUAAGGCUCAUGGACCUUUGAUUGCUGUGCAGAUGAACAUCCUCACGCGCAAGACAUUGGGUGGUAUUGAGACGAAUCUGGAUAGCAAAGUCAUGCGAGCAGACGGUACACCGUUCCCUGGAUUAUACGCAGCUGGUGAAGUUGCGGGCUUUGGUGGUGGAGGCGUUCAUGGGUACAAUUCUCUUGAAGGAACGUUUGUUGGAGGAUGUAUCUUCUCGGGACGUGCUGCUGGAAAGGCUCUUGCUCGUGAGAUCUUGGGCGAGAAUGAUUCAGAUGGAGGAGAGCUGAAGAAGGUGAACUCUCACCUCUGAGCUGGUGAUCAGGAAGGUCUUCUUUGUUUUGGCUUGAUUUUAGCGCAUUUUCUAAGUAGAGAUACGUUUGAUACUGAUAUAGGAUCAGUAUGAGUAUGACAUGACAUUCCUCUUGUUGCCAAGACAGUUGUCCCGAUACACACACGCCGUGAGACCAGCGUUUCAUUCAUCUGCAAGUAACAGAACAGCUGUCAUCAUGCUGUAAGAAUUUUAUCUGUAGAUGUAACCCGACCACAUGUACGUAUCUGAGUCGUCAUUACUAUUCAAAUCAUUUAGAACCGCAUAUUGGACUUCAGUGAGCACCAAAAUUUCAUUUUUUGGACACUUCAGGGUAGUCAACAUCCGAGUCCAUGACUGAAACAACAUCGGCCGGCAUGGCCCUACCCGAAGCCAAACCUCGGAGUGGCGCUUGAACCCAUGGAUAUCCAUGGCUAGGGCUGACUGGUUACAGGGAUCAUUGGGUGUCUAAGCUCCAGCUUCGGCCUGGCUAGCUUGAAUCGCGUGGCUUGGUGAAAUUGUCCCUCAACGGCGGCGACUGUUUAUUUCUGUACAAUACGGUUGAUUUGAAGCUUUAGACGUAAAUAUAGGC